AUGGCGAAUGAUAAUUUUAUGAAAGCCAUUGAAAACUUGCAUAAUCUCAAAGCGUUGGUGCUCUUCACUCUUUCACUCUAUCUUGUUGAUCAUUUUGAUGGUCCAUUGUCGAUGUCAAUCAGGUUGUUUUCAGCCUAUUUAUCGGUACUAAGUGCGUGGUUAUGGCCAACAGUUCUAGCGUUUUCGUGUAUUGUCGGAUUAUCAAUGUUUCUAGCUGCUGUCUCGGACUUAAUUACGUUACUUACGGUGCAUAUGCUUUGUUUUCAUGUUUAUUCCACACGGUUAGUUGUUUCUUUUAUCAGACAUUUUUGUUUUGUCACUGAACGAGACGAAAUGGCACUAUCGUCACAUAAUGGUAAUGACAGUGCGGAUGAACGUACGAGUUUAUUGGCAAAAAAGAGAUCGUCGUUAAAUGGUGAAAAUUAUUCGAAUAUAUCGUCAUCAACUUCUUCAAACACAACUCUAACAGCCGAUUAUGGUGGUACCACAAUUACAUCGGUACUCACUGAACUUGGAUCUUUUAAACCAGUCACUUUGGCAUGGCAGAAUAUUUGUGUGACGAUUAAUAAGAGUAAUAAAAAUAGUAAUAGUAAUCGAUUCAUAUUGGAUAAUGUCAGUGGUGUUGCGAAAUGUGGUCAUUUAACUGCACUUAUGGGAGCCAGCGGCGCUGGUAAGACGACAUUGUUGAAUACUUUGAUGGUUAGAAACCUGAAAGGUCUAACUGUUGAGGGGCAUGUAACUGUUAAUGGUCGUGAACUUGGCGAACGUAUCACAUCAGUGAGCGGUUACGUUCAACAGGAUGAACUAUUCGUGUCAACGCUAACCGUAAGAGAACAUUUGAAUCUACAAGCAAAAUUGCGAUUACCAUCUGAAUUCACGUCUGAGAAACGUUCUAGACGCGUUUAUCAAGUAAUGUGUCAGUUGGGUUUGAUAAAAUGUCAGAACACUUCUAUUGGUGCACCUGGAAUUAAGAAGGGUAUUUCAGGUGGUGAAGCGAAAAGACUAGCAUUUGCGAGUGAACUAUUGAAUAAUCCAGCCGUAUUAUUCUGUGAUGAGCCAACCACAGGACUUGAUUCGUUUAUGGCUGAGAGUGUUGUUAAGGUACUGUCAAAGUUAGCGCAUUCAGGUCGUACGAUAUUUUGUACGAUUCACCAACCCGCAUCAGAGCUGUUUCAUUUAUUCGAUCGCGUGUUAUUCUUGGCCUGUGGUCGUACUGCCUUUAUUGGUUCACCCGGAAAAGCAUUAGCAUUCUUUGAGCAAUGUGGCUAUCGUUGUAGAGAUGAUUAUAAUCCAGCUGAUAUGAUUAUUGAAACAUUGGCAAUAAAACCACACGAAGAAACGUUUUGUGAAGAGCGAAUACAACAGAUCUGUGCAACUUUUAACGAUUCAACACUCCAGGAUGAAAUUAAUUCUGAAUUGAAAGAUUCAGAAACUAUCGGAGAUUAUCCGAUAGCCCAUAAGAAGGCAUCACUUCAGAUGCAGGUUUCUACUACACCAAAAACAACUAUUUUAAUGAUCAUGAUGAAUAUUUUUAAGUCAUUUUAUAUGUCAUCUAUUAUCUUCUUUGUGACGUGUCUGUAUGUAAAUGGUUGGCUCAUCUCAUUUUGCCUUCAGUGUGUUCUUUUAUUACGUCGUUUUUCAUCGAACGGCGAGUUGAGCGCUUUAUUGAACCGUUCAUUUCUGGACAAUCUGCGUAAUCCAUCGUUGGCACGUGCGAAGAUAUCACAAAAAAUUGUUAUUGUUGUUGUCAUUAUUAUUAUAACUGAUUACGAGCAUUUUGUAAUCGUUAUUAAUCGAUUCAAGGUUGGUAUAACGAAUAUAAAUGGUGCAUUAUUUUUUCUGGUUUGUGAAUUCACAUAUGGUACAUUGUAUGGUGUUCUGAACUUUUUGCCGGCGGAUUUUCCGUUAUUAGCACGAGAAUACCACGAUGGAAUGUAUGGAAUUGCUCCGUAUUACUUCUCCAGAUGCCUCUCAUACCUUCCUUUGUUCACUAUCGACGGUGUUCUCCUGCUAUUAAUUAGCUAUUGGAUGAUUGGAUUGCAGUCGAGCGUUGGACACGUUUUUUUAGCUGUUCUUAUUGGCCUUCUCAUUGAGCAGUCAGCUGCAGCAUUUGGUGUUAUGCUAAGAUGUGGUUUUGAAGCAUUUGCAAUAAAUCAGUGGAGUGAUGUGGCUGGUGCUGGAUGCUAUUUAGGUGAUUGUGACUUAGCGAAUAGUAUUCUCGCAGAAUUCAGUUUUAGUAAAGAUGAUUUUGUGUUGGAUUUAGCACUAUUAGCGAUGUUAUUUUAUUAUACUAUUGCAUCGUUAUGGCGGGUUUUUCGAGGUCGUAAAUAUAAUCCGUUGAGACAAAGAGUGGAUUCAGUGCAAUUGGAUUCAAGACAGCUCUUUAUCGCGACACUCUUUUUGAGUGCACUCAUAUUCAUGGCGCCGACGGUUCUCGUCUAUUUUGUUGUGUUUUCAACAUUGCGGUUUACAGUGAUCGGAACGAAACGCUUUCUGGAAUCAAUGGGUCAAUUUGAAGAUCGACUUAUUAUACGCAUUGUCUCGUUGUAA